CUUAGUAAGAGCGGUCUUAGAAAAUGUAAUUGUAUAAUAGAAUUGUAAAUGUAGUCUCUCUCUCUCUCUCUCUCUCUCUCUUUCUCUCUUUAUUCCGUACGUCCAAGUACAAGUAAUAUCUAAUUCUACUUUGCAGGCGAAGGAAACACUACCUGAAAUUACAUCCACAUGAAAUAAAGCCAGAGGCUGUCUGCUCACGGUAUGGCAUGUAAAAUAGAGUGAUCUCGUGAGUAUUUACACAUUUAUACAUGCCAGAAAUAAAUAAAGAAAUAAAGCCAGAGGUGAUUUACUCGUGCUGGCGUGUAGAAUAAACAGGGGCAGUCUACUCGUGAGUUGGCAUCUACAUUAAAUAAGAGCGAAAGGUCGUCUACGUGACAAUGAUGCUCUAAUUGACAAUUUCAAGCAUCAUUUUAAGCACAUGACUCGAUGCAUCGAGCGUUUCAGAACACCGUAUCGCGCUUUUUCUUGCGUCUUUCAUAAUUUACACGUUUUCCAACAUGUCGGUAAUGUGAGUGCUGUUGGUAAUGCCAGUCAUUAUUUAUUAGUUCCAUCCAAAUGAUGGCGCUUUCGUGUUUCGAGUUCGGUAGUUGCUCCAGGAUCUCUUUAAAGAUCGUACGGCAGUAUUGAUCCAGAUUGUACGCCGAAUCACUUCGACGAUACCUUCUGCAACUGGAAGCUAUCUCGAGGGAGUUAAUGGAAUUGUGACAGUCGUGAGUCGCGACACACCAGGCAAAAUCAUGAUGGAUUACACCAAGUUCCUCGCUAAAGUUGUUGCCCACAGAAAAGGGAAUCUAAUUAGGGACAUAAACGCUCUUUAUGAAAAAAAACCAAGUGGAAUAGUUUUCGCUGGUGGUAUGCCAAACGUUGCUACGUUUCCUAUCAAAGAUAUUUCAUUAACGUUCAAACCUAAUAUUUCGUUGAAACUUGACGAGCGUGAACUGAGUUCAGCGUUACAAUAUCUGCCCACGCAAGGUUAUGCGCCCUUACUGAAGAAGUGGAAAGAAUUCCAAACUAGAUGGCACAAACCAAAAUAUAACGAUUGGGACGCCAUAGUCAUGUGCGGCUCCAUGGACGGUUGCAAUAAGGUUUUUGAAAUGAUGAUCAAUCCAAAUGAUCCAAUCAUGAUCCAAAUUCCGACAUAUUCCGGAGUAAUUGGGGCGCUACGACCAUUAUCGCCAGAAAUUGUGCAAAUCAAUCAAGAUGCCGACGGAAUAAUUCCCGAAGAUAUCGCCGAGCAAUGUGAGCAGAGACGUAGGGAUGGCAAACCGAUGCCAAAAUUUCUUUAUGUUAAUCCAACGGCAGCAAAUCCUACGGGUACCGUCUUGUCGGACGACCGGCGGAGGCAAGUGUACAAAUUGGCACAGAUAUAUGACUUUUUGAUUGUCGAGGAUGACCCUUACUGCUUCAUUCACUUCUUGGACAAACAGCCCCUAUCAUUCUUCUCCCUGGAUACUGAUGGCCGCGUAAUCAGAUUAGACUCGUUCAGCAAAAUCAUUAGCUCUGGAAUGCGCUUGGGUGUUGUCACAGCCGGCAAAAAAAUUGUGUCCAUACUGAGCGUUCAUAUGAGCAAUUCCCUCCUUCAUGCGCCGGCUCUGUCCCAAGUAGUACUUUACAAAUUAUUAGAUGUUUGGGGAUGGGAUAAAUUCGAGGAACACUUCAAGGAUGUUCAAAGGUUCUACCGCGAACGACGUGACAUAAUGCUGGCUGCAAUCGAGAAACAUUUGACUGGUUUGGCGGAAUGGACUGUACCGCAAGGUGGAAUGUUCUUUUGGUUGAAAAUACAGGGUCUGGAGAAUGCAACAGAUUUAGCGAUGCAGAAAAGCGCGCCUGCCGGUGUCUUCGUUCUUCCCGAGAGUGCUUUCAACUAUACGAACACGUAUUCCAAUAAUUGCUUGAGACUAAGUUACAGUUACGCCUCGCCCGAAGAAAUGGACAAAGGAUUAUCUAUACUGGCCAACAUAAUACGCGAAAACGUAAAGCAAAACUCGAGGUAAAAAACGUUUCGGAUUUAUUACUAUGUAUUGAGUUGAUCGAAAAGUUCGUUUUACGCGGUUUUAAGCAAAAUUUGCAUGAAUUUCCCGGUCAAUUCAAUAGAUGCAUAUUAUUAUAUAAUAAUUUAUCUGUUACUUUUUGGGUGGUGUAUGGUUGUAUGUAAUUGAAAAAAUUAAAGCAAAUAAUGAAAAUAA